AUGUUGUCCAAAUAUCUUGCCCUCUUAACAGCUUUAACAGCUAUCUCGGCUCUUCCUUCUCCCCACUCUACCAAGAGAGAUGGCGGGGCUGAAUCAGCAGACAAUAGCAACAAUAUCCAAUUAGAACUUGCCCUGGCUGGUAAUUCCAAGUACAUCGAUAUAACCAAUCAAACCGACAUAAUCUGGGGAGGAACGGCGAACAAAGUAUUCACGUGGGGUCCAAACCAUGAUGGUUAUGCUCCGAAACCAUUCUGGUGGUUGAUCUAUGCUGAGGAUACGAACGAGGUCAAUGCGAAUGAAGAUAAUUUGAAAUAUAAUAUGAGCUGUAAAGCACAAUUACUUGAAGAUCACAAAGCAGGUGAUUACUACAACGUCAAACUGGACACUACCGCUCCCUACGUCCAUCCUAUCUCAGGAGGGGAUUGGAACCAGAUCCUGACAAAAGCCAACGUAAUCUGUCAAACUGGCGAAUGCGUUGCUAAAGAUGGAUGUAAAGGAUUGGAAAUACCUAAAUGGGAUCAAACUUACUUAGAGAAAUACGAUAAUAGUAAACCAACUAGCGGUAAGAGGGGGUUGGGAUCAGCUGGAGUGGGUUAUAACCUUGCGGCAGGGGAGAGUUCAGACACCGAUGAUGGAGACGAUAAGGAUCUCAUUGAUGAGAUUGUUGAUUGGUUCAAGGACGACGAUUAG